AUGGAGCAUGCAUUGUGGAGGUUGUUUGCGCCUCCAUCCCCUCCUCAUCUUCGCUGCCUUUGCUACCUUCUUGUCAUCCCACCUGUCCUUGGGGUGCACGUCCGGAUCAUCCUUGCCUUCCGCAUUUGUAUCACUGUUGAGCUGACCGGCACUGACAUCGUCAUCAUCGCGCUGUCCUCCAUCAUCGCUGUUGUGAUGUCCUCCGUCAUCGUCAUCAUUGUGUGCACCCUUAGUGGUCAAUGCAGACUCAGGCGGCUCACUGUUGGUAUUCUAUUAGUGACAGAUAGUGGUUACACAAUGGAGCAUGCACCGUGGAGGUUGGUUGCACCUCCGUCCCCUCCUCAUCUGUCCUCCAUUGAUGUCAUCGCGCUGUCCUCCAUCGUCAUUGUCAUCAUGUCCACCAUCGACACUGUCAUGCUGUCCUCCAUCGUCAUCGUGGUGCUGUCCAUCAACGCCAUGUUCACGCUCGCCCUCGUGCUCUCUCUCACUGUGCUCAUGGUCACUUCAGCGUUUGUUCUCCUUCGACACACGAGCGCCCUUCGACUUCAUAAGGUUAAGUUUCCUGUGCGAUGGGGAGAGGACGACUACACUAUCAUCGUCAUCAUCAUCCUCUUCUGA